UUGAAAGAUGUAGGAAAUUUGAUCUUCAGAACAGUGGCUUGUGAAGCAUUAAAAUGGUCAACAAAUGAUAAUCUGCCCAUCUCUUUUUCUGAUAUAAAUAGCAUAGGUGGUUAUCUUGUCACUGCUAAUCCCCGUGAUCCUAAUUACUAUAAUAAAGAAAAUCUGACCAAAAAUCCAGAACAAUAUGAUGAUGCCAAAUACAAUUCUUAUGGGUAUACUAAAAUAUCUUCAUCAAUUAAUCCUUCACGUAAUCCAAUUACUUAUAAAUAUGAAUUGGCUGAUAUUUACACAGAGGACCCCAUAUUUAUCAGAAAAAUGUUUAGUGAGCAAGAACAGACUAAUCUUGGUCAGUUUAUCUUAUAUGGAGGCUGUCAAUUAGAUCCUUUUAAAUUAUUUAAAGAUGGUCAUAGAAAAAUCGCAUCUUCUG